AUGGUCUUUUCUCCACCAGAAAGCAGCUCCAUGUCCCUGAACCGUUUCAUUGGCGGCAUGGCAUGGUAUUUCACCCCGUGCAAGUACGGCUCAUCCUCGUCCUCCAGAGUGAGAUACGCAGACCCUCCAAGAGGAGACACCUUCGACUUGGUGAGCUCCUUAUACACCCCGUCGAUCUUGGCAGAAAUGUGGUUGAAGGUGUCCAUGAACUGCUUGUACCGUUUGGACUUGACCAGCUGGAAGUCUGUAACGAUCUUCUUCUCGUCUUGUUUGGCGUCCGAGAAGUCGGCAUCCAAGUCGGCAAGUCUCACCUUGACGUUCUCAAGCCUCUCUCUGGCUUUCAUAUUUGGAUUUAUAGCUCCCAGCUCGGCAGUUGUUUGGUCGAUGCUCUGUUUCAACUGUAGCUGCAACUCCUCCAACUCGCCGGUCUUGUACUCAUCCUUGAGCCCUUCGAAAUCGAUCUCGAUUCCGUCCGCAAGAACCUCCUCGCUCUGUUCUGCAUCCUCCAACGGAAUGUCGUCCAUGGAUCCAAGAGUCAGCGGAAGCUUCACGUUCUCCAGCUUGCAGUUCCUCAGAAUGUUGAUCUUUUCCAUCUCCUUCUUCUCAACAACGUCUUCAAGGUUGGCAAUCUUCUUGCUGAUAUCGUUGAUGCUGGAUCUCAGCUCAGAAAGUCCGUCCUCCAGCUGGUUGUAA